AUGGAGCUGGAGUAUGCGCGGAUGACGGGGCUCACAGGGCUAGGAGGGAGUACAGAAGGACACGAAAAACCGAGGCCUGAUCUUUCGAUAUUGACUGAUCCUACGCUGGUUGAGGAUUACGAGGAGAUAAUGAAGAGCAUGCCGCGGACGAAGAAGGACGAGGAGUUGCACAGUGUGAAUGCUAGUGUUGUGAUUACUCCUACGGAGGCUCGGGCAGGCAAUGGUCUGGGAAAUGUUCUGGGCAAUGGUUUGCGCGAAACGACAUCGGAGGAUGAGAAGGAUGAGAAGGGGCAGCAGCUGGAGCUGGAGCAGCCAGUAGAAGUAACGCAUCAUAAUGAAGAUGCAAAGCUACAAGAGGAUGAAGAAGGAGUGGAUGCAGGCGAUGUUGAUAACAGUUUUAGCUCGCUACAUGCUAAUGACCAGCAGGACUCGGAUUACGCAUAUUCAGACUCGGAUUUUGAAGAUAACUUGGAGGAACGUUUGAGAAGCUUGGAUACCACGUAUGCUAGGAAGGAGGUGGAUGAUCGCGAUCACGAUGCGUCGUCGGCUGGCGUGGACUUGGACGCGAAAACCCAGAUGACGAGGAGGUUGGAUGCAGAACCUCAAAUGCAUGACGUAUCGAGCGAUUACGAUGAAGAUGAAGACGAGGAAGAGGAAGAGGAUGGACUAACAUUGGGAUUGACCGGGAACAAUUCAGAUGAGGACGAGGAUGACGAUUUCCAGCCAUUGAAACCCCCACAGGAACUGGACCCUAAUAAAUUAUAUGCAUUGUACCCUUUCCAGGGACCAGACCCCUCCCACUGUCAACUAGAGCAGGACGAGAGUUGCACGUUGCUGAACGAUCAGGACGCAUACUGGUGGUUGGUGAAACGGUGCAGUGAUGGUAAGAUUGGGUUCGCACCAGCAGAACUACUAGAAACCUUCCCAGAAAGAUUGGCUAGACUAAACUGUUGGAAAAAUGAGAACAUGUCAUCACAAUCUAUAUCGCAUAUAAACGAGGAAUCUACCUCGAGCACAGACUUUACAGAUAGGGAAAAGGGCUCUCAAGGAUCACAGGGCUCCCAUCGGUCCGUAUCGCCUCCUCUAAACUCAUACUCAAAAACAAACAAAUCUGUCAGUUUCAAUAACGUAGUGAGCUACGCAGAAAGAUAUAUCGAGGAGGUCGAAAGGCACUCAGAAGAGGAAAACGAAUUGCUCGAAGAUGGCAAGGAGGAUGAUAAUGAUAGUGGAGAGAUUAAUGGGAACGAAGUUGUAAAUACGUCUGAAACUGAUAAAUCACAACCUGGUAACCUCACAUCGUUCAUCAAACAUGUAGAUGAAGUACACCAAACGCAUUUGAACGACCAGGGCUUAGACGAUGUUAGCGAGGUGGUUAGUGAUGCAGCUUUCAACGUACACGAAAUGGCUCCACUUAUGGUACAGAAAAAUAGACCAGCGACAAGAUCUCCCCCAGCUGAAGCAGAGAAAACAACAGACUUGCGUCAGGUUUUCCAGGCACCAAUUAUGCCAGUUGCAGCUUCUAAAGGCUCAUCAGCACAAAUGUCAAAUUCCAAUUCUAAUUGCUCUAUCUCGACAAUCGGAGAAUACUCUCCAUCCUCUUCAGAGUUUACCAAUGACUCGCCCCAACUCCCCAACGAGGAUGAAUUCAAAUCAAAUAAAGCUAGUGAUCAGAUCCCUUCUUCAAGGGCUAUUCAAGACAUAUCACGAAUUGUUGGCUCUCCAGAGAAUGUUAGUAGUCCAGGCUCUGUAUACAGCGAACAAGGACAAGAACACGAACGUGAGGACGAGGAAGCAGUUCCAGACAUUUCACAUCCAAGAAGCAUGACACACAGUUACAAAACCUCUAUAUCGACUUUGACUGCAGCGGACUCAAGCAGUGUGGAGGAAGACAAUAUUAACAACUCUUCAGUCGGUACUAGCAACACUAAUAACAACACUAAUCAUAACGAAAGUACUAAUAAUAUCAGCACUGUACCUUCUUCUACGGCAUCCUCUUACAUGGACCAUCAACACAGCUCUCCAUCAUUCUCUGAUCUCACUUUGCAUACGAACACCCCAUCAACAAGAGAUUUCCACCCUAUGAUCAAUACUUUGUACAACCCAAUUUUCAGCAAGAUAGACAUCAUGAUGGAAAAGAUUGAAAGAGCGAUCUCUCAGUGA